AUGGGUCGCCGAUUCUCAAAACGCAAGAACGCGCCUCCACGCAAGGAGCGCGAUCCCAACGAGGUCUACGCCGAGGUCAAGAAGGAGAAUGAACAGAUGGAAGAGUACUACAAGGCUCAGAACAUCAUGUCUGAGGAGGAAUGGCCCACCUUCUGGAACCACCUCAAGGUCACCCUCCCCACCACCUUCCGUAUCACCGGCACCCGCAGCCACGCGGUCGAGAUCCGUGACACCGUCAAGAACGCAUUCGUCCCCCACCUGAGCAAUAUCUCCGUCGACGGCACCGUCGCAGACCCCCCACGCCCCUUGGCCUGGUACCCCGACGAUCUGGGAUGGCACUACGAUGUUCCCCGUACGCUUUUGAAGAAGUCGCCCGAGUAUGCAAAGUUCCAUCAGUUCUUGGUCGCCGAGACCGAGGUUGGAAACAUUUCUCGUCAGGAGGCUGUUUCGAUGAUUCCUCCUCUUCUUCUUGAUGUCCAGCCUCAGCACUGGGUCAUGGAUAUGUGCGCUGCUCCUGGAUCCAAGACUGCUCAGAUUAUUGAGAUGGUUCACGCCAACGAGCAACACCAGGUCGUUCCAUCUGGAUUAAUUCUAGCCAACGAUGCCGACUACAGACGCAGCCAUAUGUUGAUCCACCAGACCAAGCGUCUUCAGAGUCCCUGCCUGAUGGUCACUAACCAUGACGCCUCGAUGAUGCCCUCGUUGAAGUUGGCCCCCAACAAGUCAGGAGAGGUCAUUCCUUUUGAAUUUGACCGUGUCUUGGCUGAUGUCCCCUGCAGUGGUGACGCUACCUUGCGCAAGAACCCUAUGGUCUGGACCAAGUGGACUCAUGGAGGCGCCAUGGGACUUCACCAAACCCAGGUGACGAUUUUGCAGCGUGGAGUUCAGAUGCUUAAGGUUGGUGGUCGUAUUGUGUACUCGACUUGCUCAUUCAACCCCAUGGAGAACGAGGCAGUUGUUGCCGAGAUGUUGAACCGCGCCAACGGAUCUUUGGAGUUGGUCGAUGUCAGCCACGAGCUGCCCCUGUUGAAGCGCCGCCCUGGUCUUUCGUCCUGGAAGAUGUUCACCAAGGAGGGUCAGGUUGUUGAGAAGUUUGAGGAUGUCCCCGCAGAUGCCAAGGGCAGGUUCUAUCCCAGUAUGUGGGCACCCGCCAACGCUGGCGAGCUUCACUUGGAGAGAUGUCUGCGUGUCUACCCCCACUUGCAGGAUACUGGAGGAUUCUUUGUUGCUGUUUUGAAGAAGACUGCACCAUUUGUUGUUCCCAACCCUGGUAGAGCUGCCGCCGCCGACGCCGCCGCAGAGGCUGCCGAGGCUGCUGCUGCCGCUACCGCCGCCUCUUCUGCUGCUGCCACUCCCGCCUCUGAGGACAUGUCAGAGGUCAAAGAGGACACACAGGAGGAUACACAGGAAGAAGAAGAAGAGAAGGCCGCCACUGGAGAUAAGCACAAGCUGGACUCUCCAGCCGGAUCAGACAACACAGAGACCGCGGCAGCCAAGAAGCCCCGCUUGUCGCGCGCUGAGCGGUUCGGUGCUCCCGGACCCAAGGAGGAACCCUUCUUGUUCUUGGAUGCUGAUAACGCCGAUGUGCAGUUGUUCUCUAAGUUCUAUGGGUUGGAUGAGAAGUUCCCCAAAGACCAGUUCUUGGUCCGGUCUGAGGGCGAGAAGAACAAGACGAUUUACUUUGUCAGUGAGGCUGUCAAGAGCAUCCUCCAGUCUGAGGAGAUCCACCGCCUCAAGGUGGUGAACACGGGUGUCAGGACAUUUAUCCGUCAGGACUCAAACUCGCCCACAGAGUGCUCAUUCAGAGUCCACAGCGAGGGCAUCGCCCUCAUGCGUCAAUUCGUCUCGACCGCCCGCGUGAUGGCCGUCCAGCUCAAGGAAGUCCUCACCCUUCUCCAAUCGCCCUACCCCAAGAUCUCCGAGUUCCCCGAACCAAUCCAACAAAAGCUCACAGAUCUCCAAACGGGUUGCUGUAUCUUUGAAUUCGACCCAGAACUGGAAGAGAACAAGGAUCAGCCUAAUCCUCGGUGGGAGGGUCAGGGCUUGACGGGUUUCGUGAAGGGAAAAUUGGUGUUCCCGGUUUGGAAGGCUCAGGUGAGCUUUAAUAUGUUGUUGAAUAAGCAGGAGCGUAGGAGUUUAGCGAUGCGGUUGGGUGUUGAUUGUGUGGAUGCCCCACAUGUUGUUGAGGGUGGGGCCAAGGGUACGGUUGCCAAGGCCGCCGCUGCUGCUGCUGCCGCCGUUGAAGCUGAAACUGAGAGUGCUGAGGCCACCCCCGAGGAGGACUCGACCAUGCCUGAGGCGACUGAGCAGGCAUAA